GCCAGAGUUCAUCCAUUGUUUACACAACUGGACACACUUUCAACUGACUUCAUUAAGUAGUCACUGUAUUGUGUAACGUUAAUAUGGUUAUAGAUAGCUAGCAUCAUUACAGGCAAGGAGUUAUGCUGCGUUCAUUUGCUCCAAUGAAACUCCUUCGUAGUACUUUGACUUCUCAGUUCGGUGAACGGUUAUCAUCCGUAUUGUCACUCUGCCCUCUUGGAAGCAGUAGUCUCAGCACAACAACCAGAAUGGCUCCUCAAAAGAACAGAGUAUUCGUCAUUGGAGUGGGAAUGACAAAGUUUGAGAAGCCAGGAAAAGAAGACUUUGACUAUCCCGACAUGGCAAAGAUAGCAGGUGAGAGGGCCUUGUCUGAUGCUGGAGUCCCCUACUCUGCCAUAGAGCAAGCCUGUGUGGGCUAUGUGUAUGGUGACUCUACCUGUGGCCAGAGGGCCAUCUACCACAGCCUUGGCCUGUCAGGGAUCCCCAUCAUCAACGUCAACAACAACUGCUCCACAGGCUCCACAGCCCUGUUCAUGGCCCGACAGCUAAUCCAGGGAGGUCUGGCCGACUGUGCACUAGCCCUUGGCUUUGAAAAGAUGGAGAGAGGCUCCUUGUCAUCAAAGUUCAUGGACAGGACAAACCCCAUGGACAAGCAUAUGGAGGUGAUGUUCAACACAUAUGGGAUGGCAGCAGCACCGGCAGCACCACAGAUGUUUGGCAACGCCGGCAGAGAACACAUGGAGAAAUACGGUACUACACCAGAGCACUUUGCUAAAAUCGCAUGGAAGAACCACAAGCAUUCCACCAACAACCCGUACUCUCAGUUCCAGGAUGAGUACAGUCUGGACCAGGUUAAACAGUCCAGGAAGGUGUUUGAGUUCCUUACUCUUCUCCAGUGUUGUCCUACCUCUGACGGUGCAGGGGCAGCUGUCCUGGCCAGUGAGGGCUUUGUGAGGCGCCAUGGUCUAGAGCACCAGGCGGUGGAGAUCUUAGCCCAGGAGAUGGUCACGGACCUCGCCACUACCUUCGACGACAAUAGCUGCAUGAAGAUGGUUGGAUACGACAUGACCUCCCUGGCAGCCAAGAAGUGUUUUGAGACAGCGGGUCUGAAACCCAGUGACGUCAAUGUGAUUGAGCUGCACGACUGUUUCUCUGCCAACGAGCUGAUCACGUACGAGGCUCUGGGGCUGUGCCCAGAGGGUAAGGCUGGAGAGCUGAUAGACAGAGGAGACAACACGUACGGAGGCCAGUGGGUGGUCAACCCCAGCGGAGGACUCAUCUCUAAAGGACACCCUCUGGGAGCCACAGGCCUGGCCCAGUGUGCGGAGCUGUGCUGGCAGCUGAGAGGCCAGGCUGAGAGGAGGCAGGUCCCGGGGGCGAAGGUGGCCCUACAGCACAACAUCGGCCUGGGAGGAGCUGUGGUCGUCACUCUGUACAGGAUGGGGUUCCCUCAGGACGCCAGGUCCCAUAUAGUGGCUGUCCCCACCAGAGCAGAACGUCUGGAGGGCUUCAGAGUUUAUUCUGUCUUCCAGGAGAUAGAGAAGAAACUACAGGAGGAAGGAGUAGACGUUGUGAAGAAGAUUGGAGGAGUUUUUGCCUUCAAGGUGACAGAUGGACCAGAGGGGAAAGACGCUCUGUGGGUCGUAGAUGCGAAGAAUGGACAAGGCUCCGUGAGCAACGACGCUGAUAAGAAGGCUGACUGCACUAUCACCAUGGGAGAUGAAGACUUAAUGAAGCUGAUGACAGGCAAGAUGAAUCCACAGACGGCAUUCUUCCAGGGCAAGCUGAAGAUCGCAGGAAACAUGGGCAUGGCCAUGAAGCUUCAGAGUCUGCAGCUGGUGCCAGCCAAAGCCAAGCUGUGAUUGGCUGAUACACCCUCAGCUCUGGAACUCCUGACAUAUGUAGCAGUUAUGCACAUUCUCUCACCCCUCACCCCUCCUCUCACCUCUCUCUAACCUCUCUCACCCCUCCUCUCACCUCUCUCACCCCUCCUAUCACCCCUCCUCUCAGCUCUCUCUAACCUCUCUCCCCCCCUCGCUCACCUCUCUCCCCUCUCGCUCAUCUCUCUCCCCCCUCGCUUACCUCUCUCCCCCCUCGCUCACCUCUCUUCCCCCUCGCUCACCUCUCUCUCACCUCUCCUCCUCUCUAUCAUCUCAUUCCAUCUCUCUCCUCCACACCUUUUCACAUUCACUCUUAAGUUAGCCUCUCUUUCUCUAUUGAUCACUCUUUCUCUAUUGAUCCCUCUCACUCUAUCUUUGAAAUAAAUUCUAUACUAGAUAAUUAGUUGAGAAAUCAACCCCGAUGUCCCAAGAUUCUAACUUCCUCAAGUGUCCUGUAACAUAAUUGAUAAUGAGAUAAUAUUUAUAUUUAAUUCACAUUUUCCUCAUGAUUUAUGGGUUCCUUAUGUUUCAACCAACCAAUGUGAAGACACAUACACACACAUAACUGGAAAAUGUCUUAACUGUUAUGUCACAAUAUUCUGCUCUGAGCUGCCGUGACAAACAGGAGGAAGAGGGAUUGUGACAAUUGUGAAAAGCAAUUGAAGUUUUUUUGGACUCUUGACGGCCAUCUUCUAAACAGCUUACGAGGCUGUUGCUGUGUCAAGAAAAGGAAAAGAUCAUCUUUAAGACCCAACUAAUCUGGUUUGAUCUCCAGCACUGCUGUUCAGUCAUUUAAUACCACAGUGACCAGGUGUUUGUGUCCCAUAUGCCAUGCGUUUGCUGCGAGAGCAUGGCAGUGACUCUUCGCCUGCUCUCCCGCCACAUAAUAACACCUAAUAAUAACACUGUCAUUGCAGUAAAUGUAUACAAUAUUUUAUGUUUGUGUAGUAAAUAAUGUUUAAUAAUAAUGUGACAUUUUAUAAUAAUACAGAACACCACUUUAUGUGCCUCUGCUGUCUCUAUGAACUGACAGCUCUGAUUUCAAUAUGACAGUCCGAUAGGACCUGAUUUGAGGAAAUGCUUUUAUAUAGAAUGUGUAUGUGUGAAUGACUGAACGAAUGCAAUUGAUUUUUACUAAAUAAAUAACAGCGAUGUUGACCAGCA